AUGAAGCUCAACGUGGCAAACCCAGCAACUGGGCAGCAGAAGCUCUUCGAUAUCGAGGAUGAGCGCAAGGUGCUCCCCUUCAUGGAGAAGCGUAUGGGACAGGAGGUCCCUGCCGACUCGCUCGGCGACGAGUGGAAGGGUUACGUUCUCCGCAUCACCGGCGGUAACGACAAGCAGGGUUUCCCGAUGAAGCAGGGUGUGCUCCUCCCCAGCCGAACUCGUCUCCUCCUCGCUGCCGGCCACUCGUGCUACCGCGCCCGUCGGACUGGUGAGAGGAAGAGGAAGUCCGUCCGUGGUUGCAUCGUCGCCAACGACAUCCGUGUCCUCGCCUGCAUCAUCGUCAAGCAGGGCGAGAACGACAUGCCCGGUCUUACCGACACUGUCCUCCCCAAGCGAUUGGGCCCCAAGCGAGCCACCAAGAUCCGCCGCUUCUUCAACCUCGACAAGAAGGACGACGUCCGUCAAUUCGUCAUUGCCCGUGAGGUCACCACCAAGUCUGGCAAGACCAACACCAAGCGCCCCAAGAUCCAGCGCCUGGUGACCCCCCAGCGUCUCCAGCGCAAGAGGCAUCUCCAGUCGCUCAAGAAGCGGAGGACCGAGGCGCAGAAGGAGACCAAGGCCGACUACGAGAAGGCGGUGGCCAAGCACGCGGACGAGAAGAAGGCCAAGCUGCAGGCUGUCCGGGCGCAGAAGAAGGCCAAGCGGUCUUCUGCUUAA